UGCCUGACCAUUCGAGUAACUUUUUCUCGUUGAUCAGGCCACUUUUCGGUCUACCGAGAUUUAGUAAUUUACAAGAUGAAACUGUUAUCCCGUCACUGGAAUUAUUUGAGAAAGUGACCAGAGUAUUCCAAAUGACCAAUUAUGGUUUCUGUUAUAAUAUAAGUGAAAUCGAUCAGCGAACAGAUCAAAAGUACAAUUGGUACAAUAAUUGUAUUCGAUUAGCUACUCUUGUGAUAUUUGGAAGAAUUGUUGUUCUAAUCAAUAUAACUAAUGUUGAUUUACUAAUCGUUUUGGGCGAUCCGUUACUUGGAGUUAAGGAUAAGGUUCCAAUCUAUUGGCUGUUGAUUUAUUCAUUGGUUAUUCUUGGACUUUUCAAAGAAUUGACCCUCUGGAUGGAAUCGAAAGGUCAACUAACAAUCAUGAGUAUCGGUGUUUUUGAAAAGAUAAAAAUAUUCGGUUUCAGGUCAAGUGUAUUGGAAAUGGAUCCUGUUAAUUGUUACAAAUUUCGAUGGCAAAUCAAUUUGAUUGUCGUCAUUUUCAAUCGAUUCAUCUUAAUCCAUACACCAUUUAUCUUUAUCAUAAUUAACACAUUUCUUAUAACUAAUCCUCAUUUCCGAUAUGAUCUAGUUUACACUUUCUCUGGACUUUUAUGGUCACUGAUUCUUAGCUUCUCACUGGUCAAUAUUUUGACCUCUGCAUAUCUAUUUGCAGGGUAUCUUUUUAUAGUGAUAAUCUAUUAUUUAGGACAGUUCAGGUCAUUAGUUUCGAGAGUUGAAAUCGAUUCGAUUCAAGUUGAAACCUCAAAUAUGUCCAUCAAUAGGAAGAAAAUGAAAUUCAAUCUAGUUAUCAUGGAAGUGAUCAAAUUUCUCAAUGAAAUUGAUUAUCACAUUAAUAAUAUUCGAUACGUUGUAUUGUUCAUGUUUCUUUUAUUUACAUUCAGUGGGGAUUCAUUUUUUUUCCUUGGAUUUUUCGUUCGAAUCCAUUCAAAAAUCGUUGCAACCAUGUUUACUAUCGUUGGAUUGAGUAUAAUUAAUAUAAAUGGUUUGUCAAUCAUCGUUAGUGCUCUCGCCAUGGAAAUGAGGGAGAAGUUACGACGAGGAUUACAUAGACUCUGUCUGAGGCAAACGUUCAGAUUGACCUCGAGUUUAAAGCUUCUUGAGAUUUUUGAUCGAACCUUAGGUCACUUUAAGGGAAUAAAGGCUGGAGAUGCAUUUAUAUUCGACAAGAAGUUAUUCGUUAUUUUUAUUAUGGAAAAUGCAUCAACAUUAAUGCUUUUUGCAUGUAACGCGCAAUCAUUGAUCGGUCGAUCGCACUAACGAUGGGAUUAAAGUUCAUCGAUUAGAACGAAAAUGUAAAUUCUGACUCAAAUUUCUCCCAUGUAUAAGUAAAACUAUUAUCGAAUCUUAAUGUUACCAUGACUUAAGUGUUUCCACAAUUCUGAGGCCAUUUUUUUAUAUUCAUUAAUCAAGAUUCUCAAAUUCAUGGUAAAUUCAUCGAUAUUUUCAAUGAAAUUGUCAUAAUUAAAAUG